UUUAAAUUGACUGUCUGUGAUAUACAUCAAUUAAAUAAACGUUUCAAUAACAAAAAUGUAAAUAAAAUACACUUUAAUUUCAAGUACCCGGACGAUUUUUUUUUUAAAUAAUACAGAUUUUAUAUAAAAGGUCUUGUCGUGCACGUUUGAAGUGUUUUAGUUUGUGUUUUUUAAAGGUGAUUUGUACAAAAAUGAGAGAUUAUAUUAAAAUAUUGCUCGUUUUUGCAUUGCCUGUAUUUGCAAACAGCAAAUAUGUAGGCAAUUAUUACAAUAACGUAAUUGAAGAAGAUUCCUGUAAUUUAUCACAAGAAUUAUUGGAUGAAAUUCAUUCAUACGAAGACACGGCGAAUAAGAUUAUUAACAGUUUAAUUAAUGGAAAGUAUAAAGGUGGUACCUACAAAGAAUUGGCUCAGUUUGUGGACAAGUUUGGUGCUCGCGUUUCCGGUACUGAAAAUUUGGAAAAUGCCAUAGAUUAUGCGUUGAACUUAAUGACUGAAAAUGACCUGGAAAAUGUACACGGUGAAGAUGUUGAUAUUCCACACUGGGUGAGAAAUUAUGAAUACGCCGAAUUAUUGGAGCCCAGACAAGUCAAGCUGCCUGUUUUGGGUUUAGGUGGAUCUGUCAGUACUCCAGCCGAAGAAAGGUACCCUUUUGCAGAAAAGGAUAGAGGCGAAACAAUCAAAAUUAAGCUUUCGUUAAACUACACUAAAUAUGAAGACUCAAAAUCUCGUAACUCGGUGGGAGAAAUAGCGGGAUCGUCCCUUCCAGAGAAAGUUGUUCUCAUCAGCGGUCACAUUGACAGCUGGGAUGUCGGCGUAGGUGCUAUGGAUGACGGUGGUGGCGCUUUCAUCAGUUGGUAUGCCUUGGCAGUACUUAAAGGUUUAGGAUUGAGAGCCAAAAGAACUUUAAGGGCAGUACUUUGGACUGCUGAAGAACCCGGCUUGAUAGGAUGGCAGGCUUACAACGCCACUCAUUUCAACGAACUGGGUAACUUCACUUUCGUUAUGGAAUCGGAUGAAGGUACUUUCACUCCGCUGGGUAUCGAAUACGCGGCUGGUACUAAAGGAGGUUGCAUAAUCAACGAAAUUGUCAAGUUUUUGGCUCCAAUAAAUGCCACACAAACAAAGUCUAGCUCUGCUGUUGGUUCAGAUAUAUCCUCGUGGACAGAAUCUUUGAUCCCAGGAGGUAGUCUUCUCAACGCCAAUGACAAAUACUUUUGGUUCCAUCACACCCAGGCUGAUACCAUGGACGUUUUAGACCCUGACGAUCUGGAUAAAGCCACAGCGGUAUGGGCCGUAGUCUCCUAUAUAAUAGCCGAUUUAUCUGAGGAAUUCCCAAGAGAAAGGGACAAUUUUGUACUGGACAACAUUAACAAAAUACGAACAGACCCUUUGGUCAAACUAGUUCCUAAGAAAAUAAAUUGAAUUUAGAUUUUAAAAAUAUUAAACGAUAAUUACAGUAUUAAUGAAU